AUGACAUCCUCAUCUACAGUUAUGUAUGUAUCUGUAGAUUUUCAUUACAAUGGAUUCUUUUCGCCAAACCCAUUGGUGUACUUAGACCCCGUAAAAACAAAUGUACGUAAUGUGGAUUUUGGGGGAUUUACGUAUAAAGAGUUUCUUUUGUGGCUUACGAAAUUAACAAAUGGAGCAUGUGAUAAUGUCUACUACUGUAUGAGAAAGGAAAGCUUGUGUGAGGGUAUUAGAAGAAUCGACAGUGAUGCUGUUUAUAGUCUGGAGAGUGAUAGUCUUGAGAAUGGUAAAGGGUAUGCGUUGGAUGAAGAGGAUGACAAGGAUUCUGAAGUUUCAAUGACAAUGGAGUAUGAACAUGAAUGGGAUGAUGAAGAUGAACAUACUUUUGAUAAAACUGUUAGAGACCCAUUCUUGGACAAACUUUCAGGGCAUAUUAGUGAUGAUGAUGAAGAGGAAGCAAACAAUGGGAAACUUAAGGAUGUUGUGUUCCCUAUCGAUAAUGAGAAUCAAGAAUGGGAGCAAAUGGUGCCAGUUUUGGGUAUGAAGUUUUCUAAUCCAUUGGAAUUGAAGUUGUGUAUCACCAACUAUGCAGUCAAAAAUGGAUAUGAUUUAUGGUAUGAGAAAAGUGAUCAUGAAAGGUUAUUGGUAAAAUGUUGUAAAGGUAAGACAAAUAAACAGGGUAAAGGUUGUCCUUUUAGAUUAUGGGCAACCUGGAUGAGCAGUGAAAAAUCAUUCCAGAUUAAAUCUCUGAAUGAUAUGCAUAAUUGUGCAAGAGUGUUCAAAUUUGGGUCCAUUGUUACCUAUAAAUGGAUAGCAAAGCAUUUCAUGAAUCAUAUACUUCAGAAACCAAAGAUGAGUAUAAGGAAGUUGAAAGCUAAAGUUAGCAAGAAAUUUAAUUUGAUUGCAAGUGUUGGUCAAUGCAGAAAUGCAAGGAAGUAUGCAUUUCAGGAGAUAGAGGGUACUUUGAAAGAGCAUUAUGCAAAAACAUGGAGCUAUGGAGAAGAGAUAAGAAGGACUAACCCUGGAUCAACAGUGAAGAUGGAUGUAGAUGUCAUGCCUGAUGGAACCACAUAUAUCUCAAAGUUUUAUGCUGUUGUAUCAGUGGAAAGUAAAGAAACAUGGAAGUGGUUUAUUGACCUUCUAAUUGAGGACCUUGGAAUGGGAGUUGGGCAUGGACUAACCUUGAUAUCAGACCAACACAAAGGAUUACUUGAGGCUGUGAAGGAAAGGGUCCCAGCAGCAGAGCAUAGGCAAUGUGCUAGGCACAUAUGUGCUAACUUCCUGAAAAGGUUUAAGGGCCAAGUGUUUAGAAAGCUUUUCUGGUAUGCUGCUGCAGUUACUACCCCUGCAAAAUUUGAACAACACAUGAAUGAAAUCAAGAAAUUAGAGCCACUAGCUUAUGACCAUUUGAUGGAAAGGGACCCUAAAACUUGGAGUAAAGCAUUUUUUAAGACUGAUAAGGCUUGUGAUGCAUAUGAAAAUGGUAUCUCUGAGAGUUUCAACUCUGUGAUUGAAGUUGCUAGGAAGAGACCACUAAUCACCAUGUUAGAAGAAAUUCGAAUUUAUGUGAUGGAGAGGCUAUAUAGACAGAAGAUUUAG